AUGACUACUCAGCUAGUAUCUCGGGCCCUUCAUUAUAGCUGUACUUUGAUAGCAAGUCUCUACAUUGUGAUCUGCAUUUUAUUUAAUCGCGCCCCGGUAAAGAAAAGAAAGUCUCGCAAGCGCUGCAAUCGACCCCGAGUUGUCUUGACUGCCUUGAUCAUUUUCACAUAUGUCAGUCAGACAGUUUUGAAAAUCGCCACCGAUGACCUGGACCUUUCUCAGCCGUUCCUUGUGCAUAUGACCUCUCAAGCAGUUGUAUGGACUGCACUUUGGCUACGACAAAAUCCUUCAAAUUAUGAAGUGGCUGGAACAUCGCUGGUCACCGCUGGUUUCGAAGUUCCACUCCUUGCGCUCUCCUUGUGUCCCAAGCCGAGCCAGUGGGUACCAAUCACGCAGAUCACCAUCUCAACAGUCCGGCUUGCACUGCUUGUAUUUGUGACAAGUGCGAUCCUAUUUGAAACCAGACAGAGGAAGAAAAAGCCCUCUGAAGAAUCGCGACCUUUCCUAAAUGGUAAUCAUACAAGAUAUGGCGCAGCGAAUGGCAACGACUCGGAAAAUAGCAGCGAGGACUCCAAGAGCGAGAGCGAUUCGGACACCGGAAAAACUAAGAAUGAUGCGGCCACACGCAGGAAAAGACUUCGCAAUGAGAAAUUACAGUCUAUUGGGGGCUGGUGGGAUUAUUUGAAAGGCUUCUCGAUCUUUUUGCCCUAUUUGAUCCCCAGAAAGAAUCCCAAAGUGCAGCUUUGUAUUGCUACCAGCAUCUUUUGUCUAGUAUGCCACCGUGCCCUGAAUAUCCUCAUUCCUCAGCAACUAGCAGAUGUGACCGAUAGCAUCUUUGCCAACAAAACCCCAUAUGCAUCAUUAGGAAAAUGGGCGCUCCUACAGCUCAUCCGUGGAGGAGCUGGGCUAGGAUUGAUUGAGUCGCUCGUCAAGAUUCCAAUCAGGCAGUUCUCUUACCGUCAGAUUACCAACGCUGCCUUUGGCCAUGUGAUGAAUCUAUCAAUGGACUUUCAUAUCGAAAAUGACUCGGCGGAAGUUAUGAAGUCCAUCGAUCAAGGUGGAGCGCUGAACAAUCUAUUAGAAGUUGCGAUUCUAGAUAUCGUCCCGACAGUGGCUGACUUGGCUAUUGCAUGUGUUGUUUUCUAUUUGAAGUUCAAUGUCUACGCCUCCCUUUCUGGUGGUGGUAAGGUCUUUACCUCUAACUGGAACAUGGACGCCAGACGUGAAGUUACACAGACACAGCGAAACGAAACUCGCAUUAUGCACCAGGCUGUGCAAGGCUGGCAAACUGUCACAUACUUUAAUCAAUUCUCGUACGAGAGGUCUCGCUUUGGAGAAGCAGUUGACCUAUGCUUGCAGGCUAGCGCUCGUUUUGGUCGACGCCGAGCAAUCGGCAAGUCACUCCUGGAUUUGCUCAAGCCAAUUUGUUUCGUUGGUCUCUCCUCGCUCAUCGUACAUGAGAUCUCUGUGGGACGUUCCUCUACGGGAGACUUUGUUUUCUUUAUUCAGUAUUGGUCUUCGCUCAUCUCUCCUUUGGCCUAUCUCUCUGCGCAAUAUCGUUGGCUAGUCUCUGACCUAGUUGAUGCCGAGCGGCUACUCUUCCUAUUUCAGUCUAAGCCCAGCGUCAAUGAAAAGGAGAAUGCCAUGCCACUCAAAUCUGGCAAUGGCCGUGUUUCAUUCAACCAUGUUGACUUUGCUUAUGAUUCUCGGUUAAAAACUCUCAAGGACGUGGAUAUUACUAUCGAACCCGGGACAACAGUUGCAUUAGUCGGUAUGACUGGUUCAGGAAAGACAACAAUUCUUAGACUUCUUCUCCGGCUUUAUGACGUUACUUCGGGCCAAAUCGAGAUUGAUGGGCAAGACAUCCGUGACAUAACCCUCAGCUCGCUACGCCAGACUAUUGGUGUCGUUCCACAAGACCCUGUCUUGUUUAAUGCGUCUAUCAUCGAGAAUUUGCGGUAUGCCCGGCCCUUUGCCACAGAUGAAGAGGUUCACGAAGCAUGUCGUGCUGCAGCUAUUCACGAGAAAAUUCUCACUUUCGUGGACGGAUACAACACCACCGUCGGAGAGCAGGGCGUCAAGCUGUCUGGCGGUGAACUACAGCGGAUAGCCAUUGCUCGAGUUUUCCUAAAGAAGUCACCGAUUCUCCUGCUGGAUGAAGCAACGAGUGCCGUAGACUCGAACACAGAAUCGGAUAUACAGGUUGCAUUGGAUCGAUUGAGAGCCAAGCGAACUACAUUUGUCAUUGCACAUCGACUUUCAACCAUUUCCAGCGCCGAUAGGAUCCUUGUUGUGCACGAAGGACAGAUUGUCGAGAGCGGGUCACACCAAGAGCUGAUGAAGAAGGAGGGUGGAAGAUAUCGGAACCUCUGGCAGAAUCAGUUCGGGGGUGUCAAAUGUGGGAAACCUGCGCUGUAG